AUCUCCUUCUCCCUCCCCUUCAUUUGAGAUGAGGAAGUUGAGAGAGACUAGAAUACAGAGGGCAGCUAUUUUUCCUGGCAACACUUGAACAGAAACAAUGGCAUCAAAGCUUGAAGAAGAUCUUACCUGUCCUUUGUGCUGUGACAUCUACAAGGAUCCUGUCAUACUGAUGUGUGCUCACAGUGCCUGUAAGGCCUGUCUGCAGCAGUUCUGGGAGGGGAAGAGAUCCAAAGAAUGUCCCUACUGCAGGAGGAAGUGCUCAAAAAACUUUGAUGUCCCAAACAUUGCGUUAAGGAACUUGUGUGAGACCUUCCUACAGGAGAGGAGUCAGAGAGCUUCAGAAGGGUCUGAGGUGCUCUGCCUUCAGCAUCGUGAGAAACGCAAGCUCUUCUGUCUGGAGGAUCAAGAAGCAAUGUGUUUGAUUUGCAGAGACUCAAAGAAACAUAAAAAUCACAACUUCAGUCCCAUAGAUGAAGCAGUACUUGAACACAAGGGAGAGCUCAAGGCCAAAUUGCAGCAUUUACAAGAGAAACUGAAGAAAUUAGAAGAAGUUAAACUCCUCUGUGACCAAACUGCUGCUCACAUUAAGACUCAGGUCCAUACCACUGAGAAGCAGAUCAAGGAGGAGUUUGAGAAGCUUCAUCAGUUUCUACGAGAUGAAGAGGUAGCCAGGAUAGCUGCACUGAUGGAGGAAGAGGAGCAGAAGAGUCAGAUGAUGAAGGAGAAGAUUGAAAAGCUGAGCAGAGAGAUCUCAUCUCUUUCAGAAUCAAUCAGAGCCAUAGAAGACGAGAUGGAAGCUGAUGAUGUCACAUUCCUGCAGGUAGGUUACACUCCGUCUUUAUGGAGGGAGAUUAUUAUUGUGUCUUCGCCUCAUCCAGAGAAGCUUUCAGGAGCUCUGAUCAAUGUGGCAAAGCACCUGGGGAACUUGAAGUUCAGAGUCUGGGAGAAAAUGCAGGAGAUUGUUCAGUUCACUCCUGUUACUCUGGACCCCAACACUGCACACCCACUACUGAUCCUGUCUGAGGAUCUGACCAGUGUGAGGGUUGGUGAUGAGAGACAGCAGCUGCCUGAUAACCCAGAGAGAUUUGAUAAGUAUUGCAAUCUCCUGGGCUCUGAGGGCUUUAACUCAGGGACACACUGCUGGGAUGUGGAGGUUGGGGACAACACAUUGUGGAUUGUGGGUGUGAUGGCAGAGUCUCUCCAGAGGAAGGGAGACUUCAGAUCCUUGAGUGGGCGGUGGUUUGUGGGUUAUUAUGAUGGUGAAUAUAAAGCGUAUGCCCCACCACAGCCCUCCACUCUCCUCAGAGUGAAGCAGAAACUCCAGAGGAUCAGAGUGCAGCUGGACUGGGACAGAGGAAAGCUGUCAUUCUCUGACCCCGAUAAUAACACACAUUUACACACCUUCACACACACUUUCACUGAGAGAGUGUUUCCAUAUUUUAGUACUGGUUGUAAUGCCUGUUCCCUGAAGAUGCUACCAGUGAAGACCUUGAUAAGAGUAGAGCAGCACAGAUAGAGCAGUGUGUCUGUGUGUGCGUGUGCGCG